AAUAUCGUCACCAUCUAUUCACCAAUCCCGCGAUACUAUCACCAAGCAAUAGCACAAUUUCGCCAUAAUUCGAGAAAUUCCAAUGACGGUGCUGGCAGCGGCGGCUAAACAUCCAUCCGCGGCUAGCAAAGCUGCGGCGACUCUGCUGCCGACGCUGGGGAUGCCCAUGCAGCUGCAACCUCCGGUGCUGGUGACGGAUGCCUUUGCCAAGGACGCGAUCAUAGCGUGGUACCGCGGGGAGUUCGCUGCUGCAAACGCAAUCAUCGACGCCCUCUGCAGCCACCUUGUGGAGCUCGGGGCAGAAGGGCUGGAGAUAUACGAGGCCAUGUUCGCAGCAAUGCACCGGCGCAGGAUGAACUGGAUCCCGGUGCUGCAGAUGCAGAAGCACCACUCCAUUGCCGAGGUGCUGAUGGAGCUGAGGAGAGUGGCUGCAGCAAGGAGAGCAGGGGACGGGAAGAGGAGCGAAUUCGAUGAAGCAGAGAGGACGAGCUUCUGUUUGGACGGAGAGAAAGACGGAAAGUGUGAGGAAGGGGUGGAAAAAGCCGGGGAUGGUGGCGUUUCCGGUGAAGCUGUUGACGUCGACGAAGACGCACCUCACAGCGACAUCACUGAUUCAGGAUCCCAAGUGAUGCAGCUCAUCUCGGAGGAUUUUCAACUGUGCUCUAACCAUGAAGACUGCCAAGGCCGUACGGCACAGAUCAAGUUGACCAAAGGCUUCAAAGCAAAGGAAAGGGUCAAAGGGCGCCAGGUGAAUGUUGUGAAAGGGUUGAAGUUGUACAAGGACAUUUUUACCGACUCGGAACUAUCUAAACUGACCAACUUUGUUGAUGAACUCCGUCUCGCCGGCCACAAGGGAGAACUGUCAAGGGAGUCCUUCAUUCUGUUCAACAAGCAAAUCAAGGGGAGUAAGAGAGAACUGAUCCAGUUUGGGCUACCAAUCUUCGAACAGAUACAAGAGGAAGCCGUAAACAAUGACGAACUCGGUAACAUAGAGCCUAUUCCGGAGCUCAUCCAAGGCGUCAUAGAUCACUUGGUCCAGUGGGAACUGAUACCGGCUCACAAGAAGCCUAACAGCUGCAUCAUCAGUUUCUACGACGAGGGAGAGUAUUCGCAGCCUUUCUUGAAACCGCCCCACUUGGAUCAUCCUAUCUCGACUCUUCUCCUCUCCGAAUCAACAAUUGCAUUCGGGCGUUUCCUCACGAGCGAUGGCGAUGGGAACUACAAAGCCCCGGUCAUGCUUUCAUUGGAUCCAGGAUCUCUACUGGUAAUGAGGGGAAACAGCGUUGACGUGGCAAGACACGCGAUGUGCCCUUCAUCGGAUAGGCGGGUCUCCAUCACGUUCUUCCGUGUUUGGCCCGGCUGUAACAUGGGCCGUGCUUGUGCGAGCCCUCUGUUCUUGAGCCCAUAUGCUUUCCCGAACUACGAAGCUUUUGAUGGCUAUGAGGCUGUGGAUUUGGUUCCGGAAUGGGGAAUCAUGCAUGCACCAGUUUCGGUGAUCCCGGUACCGAGCCCUGAGAAAAUGCUGUGCGGAGGCGGAGGCACGGGAGUCUUCUUGCCAUGGACGGUAGGGUCUAGGAGACGAGGGAGACAGCUCCCUCCUCGUGCCCAGAAGGGGAAGCGUCUUGAAUAGUCGCCCCUCGAUCAUGAGGACUGAGUCUGCUUCAGGAACCAGCAGUGGCUUCUAACGGAAGGAACAUUUUUCGAAUCGAGCUUAAGCCGAUCACUGACCAUGGUACAAUGUCCAAUGUCCUACAUAUGUUGAUGCAAGGCAUGUACAUUUUCAUAAUUACAACAGUUGUAACAGAUUAUACGCGGAUUUUGUGUGGUAAUUUGAAGAACGAAGUUCCUGCUGUUCCCGUCUAA